GUGGCUGCCCGCGUUCUUUUUGUCGUCGGCUCUGCCGAUCCCCACGACUGAGCUCAAUCCUCUGCAGGACAAGGGAAGCAUGAUAGUGUCGGGGAAGAGCUUUGCCCCUCGUUUCAGGUGGUUUCCCCACCUGCUCCCAUGCAGCAGUAACCGGAGGCUACUCAAACCUGCACGGGCGAAGAAAGAGAACAUUGGAGGAGACUCCCAAGCAGGAGAAACAACCUUCUCCCUGAGGGCAUCCAAAGCUGUUCUUGCCAGAUCUGCUGUUGUCCUAUUUGGACUGGGAUUCCUUGAUGCUGGGUACAGUGGGGACUGGUCUAGAAUUGGUGUGAUCUCAAAGGAGACUGAAGACUUGCUGAAGAUUGCAGCCUAUUUGAGAAAUUUUCCACACAAAAUGGAAGCACAAAAACCUCAAUCCGAAAAGCUGCGGUCAGUUGAUCAAGCCAUGGCCUCAUGCCGAAAGAAGAAAUCGGAGGAAGCUAGCUUUUUGGAGGAUCUGAGAGACCAUAUGGACGAAUUCAUUAAUGCCUCUAUGGAUGAGCACAAAUCUUGCUUUAAAAAGACUAUCCAAAAGAUGUUUGGAAUGUCAAAGAGUGUUGCACAGAGGACUUCAGAAACCAAAGAAGUGGAAAGUUCUGUGCCACUUGAGACCACCGUGGUUCAGUGACUGUGGAAGGUGCUUCUGCUUCUGUUACUUCCUGCACGACUAGUAAUAGUUUUGGAUUGCUGGUUUAUGUUCUGCACAGCUCUAUUGUUUAGAUGAUAUACAUUAGUAGAUCUGCAGUCAUUUCUGAUAAAAUGUUGGCUCCCACUACUGUACAAAUUCUGUCAUAAAUUUUGUGGUUUUCAUGGUUUUA